UCCAAAGAAUGGCUGGUAUAGACGGUAUAGCAGAUCGGCUUUCAUUAGGAAAUGGCUGUUUCCCACCACCCGAUCACCACUUCUUCUAAACUGAUUUCACAAAUUGUUUACUCAUUUAUCACUCAUUCAUAAGACGACGGAAUCUCUUCCGAUGACUAUUGAAGGAUCUAAAAUGGGAGAACAACCCAUUUUCUCGACUAAAGCCCAUGUCUUCCAUAUCGACCCGCAAACCAAGAGGUCAUGGAUUCCCGCGAGUUCUCAAGCGGUUAACGUUAGCUUCUUCUAUGACUCCAACAGAAACUUAUACAGAAUUAUAAGCGUCGAGUCAACUAAGGCUGUCAUUAAUAGCACAAUCACUCCAAACAUGACUUUUACAAAAACAUCACAAAAGUUUGGUCAGUGGUCUGAUAUUCGUGCCAAUACUGUCUAUGGUUUAGGCUUCGCGUCAGAACCUGAUUUAAAUAAGUUUAUUGAGAAAUUCCAAGAAGUGAAAGAAGCGACGAGAAGUGCUGCCCAACAGAAGAACCAGUACUCGAACGGCACGAUCGGCUCUUCACACGCUAUUAACGCAAAUGCAAACCAAAACACAAAUAAUCGCGACUCUAAUCAAAACAAUGAGUUACCAAACGAUGAGAUAAUUAGGGACCCUAACAGCCAAUUGUGUAUUGACCCGUCUGUUAGCGUAACCCUUCCUCUUCAUACAUCUGAACACAAGGGCUCUCUCGUUGCCCAUCAACGGAGUCAGAGUCUAUCCGGACUUCAAGCCAACAAAUUACUGACAGAAAGUCCCAAAGGAUACUCCCAUAAGGAUAAGCCGUCGAUGGGAUCGGCAUCACUGCCACAGUCUUCAACGGAGGCACAGCUCCGAUACGAGAACGACAGACUUAAAUUGGCACUAGCACAGAGUUCGACAAACGCUAAGAAAUGGGAAAUAGAGUUACAAACACUUAAGAGUAAUAACACGAGACUUACUAAUGCUCUGCAAGAAUCGACAGCUAAUGUCGAAGAAUGGAAACGACAGUUACAGACAUUGAAAGAAGAGAACAAUAAAAUGAGACAUAAAGUGAUAGAAUUAGAGGCCAGUAAUGGGAAUCCAGAAGCGAUGGCAGAACUGCGGAAAGAAAUGGGAAGUUUGAGGUCGAGAGCAGAACAUCUGGACUCAGAAGUGAGACAAAAGGAUAAAGAGAUGGAACAGAUGAAGAAACGUCUGGACGAUCAAAGCCAUAUAUAUAGCACUUCCCAUAAAGUGGAGGACAAACUCAAGGCUUUACUGAAUGAAAACGAGAAUCUGAGGACUCAAUUGAAUCGAUUACACGAUCAAAACGAUAACAACAAGAUUACAGAUAAAGCGAGACAAGGAUUUCUGGAACAACUGAACAAACGUUUAGCUCAAAAUAUACAAGAACUUCGUUGUAUUCAACAGGAAUUCGCCGCUUUGUUGAACUCUUCCUGAUUUUGUGGCCAAAAACACAAACAAAACUUAAAUUAAUUUCUGUUAUUAUUAUUGAAUUCUGAUAUUUAAUUUAAUUACCGCUCAUUCGAACAAAAAUAUUUAAAUUAUAUAUUAUUUAAGAUAAAACACGAGUUCAAAAAACAACUAUAUAAAAACAAAACUAGUGAUUAAAUAAAUAGUGAUUAACGAAUAUAUAUACAAAUUAUGUAAAUAAUUUUAAUGCAAAUAAUAAAUGGAUCGAAAUCUCUAUGAA